ACCACCACCACAUCCUUCUUCUUCCUCUUCUGCUACCAUUUUAAGCCUUCCGCUCUUUCUCUCUCUAUACUCUCUCUCUCUCUCUCUCUCUACAAAUGAUGAUCGGCAGCAGCUCGGUGUCGUCUCUGCAGUGCAGCAAUGUCGCUGCAACUCCUCCCCUCUCUUCCCUCUCCGCUUGCUCUCUCUACCCUUCUUCGAUUUCUCCAUCCCCUUCCCCUUCACUCUCCUCUCUUCACUCGUCUUUCUCUAAUGGAAGCCUUCAGUCCCUCAGUCUCUCCCAUACCGCCCUCUCGAGCGCGAAGAAGCCCGAAACUAAGGUGAAGUGUUCGGCGAGUGAGCCGCUGAAGGUGAUGAUUUCCGGGGCUCCGGCUUCUGGGAAGGGGACCCAGUGUGAAUUGAUUGUGAAGAAGUUCAGGUUAGUCCACGUAUCCACUGGAGAUCUUCUCAGAGCAGAAGUAGCUGCUGGGACUGACAUUGGAAACAAAGCCAAGGCAUUCAUGAAUGCAGGACAGCUCGUUCCAGAUGAAAUCGUUACUGCUAUGGUCACUGCACGGUUAGCACUUGAAGACGUGAAACAGAGGGGGUGGCUCCUUGAUGGUUAUCCCCGAAGUUAUGCUCAAGCUCAAAGCCUCGAGGAACAGAACAUCAGACCGGAUGUUUACAUAGUGCUGGAUGUUCCUGAUGAAAUUCUAAUCGACAGAUGUGUCGGGAGACGGCUAGACCCAACUACAGGGAAGAUCUACCACAUAAAGAAUUUUCCUCCUGAGAAUGACGAAAUUAAAGCAAGACUUAUUACCCGUCCUGAUGACACGGAGGAGAAGGUAAAAUCUCGCUUGGAAAUAUACAAGAAAAAUGCGGAAUCUAUCUCAGCAACUUAUUCAAGUAUUACAAAAAAGAUUGAUGGAAGCCGUUCAAAAGAUGAGGUUUUCAUUGAGAUAGACUCCAUAUUGACGCAACUACAGAACAAUAAGCAAAAAGGAACAAAUUUAGUACGAGGGAAUGGUUCAGUUCAGGAAUUUUCAAAAGAGAGUAGCUGGAGAGGAAUCCCAACUAGAUUGAACAACAUCCCGCAUUCCAGAGAAAUCAGGAAAUAUUUCUACCAAGAUGUCCUUCUAGCAACCCAGAGAUCAAUAAACGAUGGAAGAACAAGAUUAAAGGUUGAGAUCAAUAUUCCGGAGCUUAACCCAGAAAUGGAUGUUUAUCGAAUAGGUACUCUUAUGGAACUCGUGCGGGUUAUUGCCCUUUCAUUUGCUGAUGAUGGAAAACGUGUUAAGGUAUGUGUUCAAGGGUCAAUGGGGGAAGGUGCUCUUGCAGGAAUGCCUCUGCAGCUAGCUGGUAGUCGGAAGAUAUUGGAGUUCAUGGAUUGGGGUGAAUAUGGUGCUUUAGGUACCUUUAUAAAAAUUGGAUCGAUAGGUGGAAAAGAGGUUGAUGAGGAAGAUGAUAUAUUUAUCUUAGUGGCUCCUCAAAAUGCUGUAGGCAAUUGUAUUAUCGAUGAUCUAAGGGCCAUGACUGAUGCUGCAGGUCCCCGACCUGUCAUUCUCAUCAAUCCUAGGCUUAAGGAUUUACCCGGUUCCAGUGGUAUCAUGCAAACAAUUGGAAGAGACAAGAGGCUUGAAUAUGCUGCAUCAUUUGAGAACUGCUAUUUCUUUAGGCUUCUCUAUUACGCAGGAACUCAGUAUCCCAUCAUGGGCGCUCUAAGGAUGUCGUAUCCAUACCCGUAUGAGCUGUACAAGAGAGUCGAUAAAGAGUUUGGGAAGGAAGAGUACGUAUUGCUGUCCACAUAUCCCGUGAAGCCAACUGGUGAUGAAAUUAAUGAUGCCUUUUUAGGGAAACCAAGGAAUCAAGCCAAGGGCAACUCCGGAAUCUGGGGCUUCCUGAGUGGCAUUCUUGGUUAGACAGGGAAUUGCAUAUACAACGCAUACAUACAUGGUUUGCUCUUCUCUUCUUUCUUGCCCCCAUUUUGCUUCGUGGGGUGCAACUUUGUUUAUAGUCAAUCUUUUCAAAUAUAUCUUGCAUACUAGUCGGAGAACCGACAACUUCUGUGUAUCGGACCAAGAUUGAAUCCGCAAAUCUUUUUCGCUUUUCUGAAUCCAUGAGAUAGCACCAUCUCUAAUAGAUAAGUAUUUGCCCUUUUCUUAUCUCA